GGUAUGUGAAACUAAAAAUAUCAUGUACGUACAUGAAAGUGUUAGUAUGUGCGUCCAAAAAUGUUUUUGUACGUGCGUUGGUAGUUUCCGUAGUAAUCUGUUCCUCAGCGCUAGUUAGGACUGUACUACAGAGGUCGCUGUAGCGUUCUACGGUCACGUUUUACCUGACUUGUGAGAGUGGUGUAACUUCAACUUCAACUACAACUUACAUAGGCCAGUGUCAGGCACACGGGUCAUCUACUGAUAUGUCCAAGGCUGCCCGUGCCGUGAAAUCAGCCAAGGAUGCUGCUAAGAAAGUGGAGCAUGGCAAUAAGAUCCGAACGUACAUCAAGGCUGGAAAAGCAGCACCUGGGCCCCCUCUGGGGCCCGUACUUGGUCAGAGGGGAAUCGCUAUUGGCCAGUUUUGUAAAGACUUCAACGAAAAGACUAAGCACAUUAAAGAAGGCGUACCACUUCCGUGCUACAUUCACAUUAGUCCUGACAGAUCCUAUGACAUUGAGAUCAGAACACCGCCAGUAUCCUAUCUAGUGAUGCAAGCUGCCGGAAUGAACAGAGGGGUCCACGAAGCAGGGAAGCAAACAUUUGGCAGAAUUUCUCUCAAGCAUGUCUACGAGAUCGCCAAAAUCAAGCAUCAAGAUGCCCCUCUCAGGGACCUGAGUUUGGAAGAGGUUUGCAAGCAGAUCAUCGGCUCCUGUCGCUCCAUAGGUGUCGAGGUAGUGAGGACCCUGGACCCGGAGGAGCAUGGGAAAUUCUUAGAGGAGGUGGCUGAGACAAGGAAAGAGCUUGACGCUCAGAGAGCUUUGGAUAGGGUGUCCUGAUAGUAUUAAUAAAUGUCACUGACAAUCAACAGGGACAGCUUCCCCCAUGUCAGCCCCCACACACAGGUUACAGACCUCGACAGAUUUGUGUCAGUGUGAGAACUGAAGGACAAAGGGACGGUUGUCAGUACGAUCCUUGUCCCAUAAGCAGGAUUCAUGGCUACUUUUGAUGUCACAUGAGGCAUUUCACUCAGGAAAUGAAUGCGUGUGGAACACAUUUCUUUUUGGUUUUUGUAAUUUGGAGCAUUUGUUAUUACAAGGUUAAUAAGCCGAGCGGCCUGUGCAACUUGCGCAGGACACAACCCUUAAUGAGCCACUUGGGUGUUGCUGGUACGUAAUCAAAUUGGAGCACGGUGUAGGUUAUUCAAGAGCAUCUGAAAUGCAUUUGAGGUUGGACCAUAGAGCCGUGUAAAAUUACUACCGUACUCACUUGCAGUGCAGAGGCCUACUGGAUGCAUACAUGUUCAUGCACAAACCGGGAAAGCCUGAAAUUUCAUACACUGCUUGCAUGGUUAAUUUUAUAUCUGUAUUCUAAAGCAGUGCAUCACGAAAGGCAAUAUGUCAAAAACCAAAACGUAGAAUCAGUAAUUGAGCGGGUUUUUUUGUCCUGUUUAAACAAUACAAAUGCGAAUGUGUGCAUACGUGCGCUGCAGCUGAAUUUUGCUGGGGUUUUAACGUGUCUUACUACUGGUGAAAAAAUGCACUUACAUACAUGUAUAUAUUGUUUGUGUAUGUCAUGCUCGUGGUUUGCAUGCUGGGUACAUUAUUUGGUAUGUUUCCUCAACUUUAUUGUGUUUUAUAAAUAUACGCAUUGAUUCCUGAAAAUUAAUUUCAGUUCUUAGGACACCAUCAAAGUUUCUCUGCGUAGGGAAACGAGACAUAAGUGCUCUUGUCAUUUAAUACAGCUCUGUAGAUCGACUCUCGACCACUAAGCACGUUUGGAAGUCCUUUUUUGUUAGGUGCUUUGUUCUGGAAAGAUUAGGCCCUUUUCGAAUUCCAAAGUGGCUCGUUAUCAGUCUUUGUGAUAUUUACGCGGAUGCAUUCAACUCUGGUAACAAGGUUCUGGCCCAGUUUCAUAGCGCCGGGUAGUGGCCAAUUUAAUGCUAACACUGCCUCUAUCAGUUUCAGAGGGACCAUUAAAACAAGUGAGCUUAACCCCUGUGGAAAAAAGUCGCUUAAAUCAGUGGCAUAGAAAUCCCCAUGAUCAUGCAACUGUUCGCUCAUUCGUGCUGUGACAGUGUUUAAACAAAAUUAUUUAUUUCCUGUUAGAGUUUGUACAGCCUUUGUAUCAACUGUUAAUCAGCAUGGGCAUCAACACCCACACACACACACCUCCCAUGAAAAAAAAUGAAAAAUAAGAAGGCCGAGAAAGGAUUCAGAGCGCAAGAAAUGAUACGAAAAAGAGACGAAAGGAGAUGAAAAUCACAGAUUUGCUUGGAAAACCUCGAAAUUGACCCCUUCCGUUGUUAAUGGUUCAUUGUUUUGUUGCUGACGAAUGCCCCCUCUUCCCCGGAAAUUCCCCCGUAGAAAAAUGCUCCCCCACCCGGAAUAAAUCUUGGCGACGCCCACGUCAAGCAGUGACAUUAAACUGGGCCCAUAAACUUGUUACAAUUUAGAAAAGGUCUAGAAAUUAGGAAGAAAAGAGAAAGGAAAACAAAAACUCCAAGAGAUUGGUACAUUGAAAUGUGCUGUUAUACAACGGGAGUUGUAAAAUGUGUCCUGAGUAGCUGCAAAUGUACUCAUUUAUGUGGAUGGAGAGUAGACGUAUGUCUGAUAUUUCUAUGGCAGUGCAUGUAUUUGUUGAAUCUGUUCGUCGGGGUCAACUCAUUAAUGAGGUCAGUAGUCCAAACAUUCAAGUUUCCUGUGGGGGUUCAUUAGUCUUAUUAAGGAGCAAGGUUUAUAAACCCUGGUCAUUUGAA